GCGCUACGGUUAGAAGAUAAAAACUGCUGGCGAACGCUGGAGCAUCGGAUGCUGCUGCAACACGGAUAAGGCGAAUGCAGAGACCACAGGUGAUGCCGCUCGGAAAAGGCUUCGCGCUUUCGCAACGAUGAAUGACGUUCGUCCGAUUGAAUUGUAGUGUGUGUUUUUGUAUGAACUUAGUUUAGUUUUGGAUUUGGUAUAAGAUAGUGGAUCUGCCCAAGAAAGAUGAUUAUACUGAUGGAACGAAACUUUAAAAUUGAUUCGAUGAAAAUGUACCUUUUUCUGGCCAUUCUCGUGUACAAAUGCAGCAGCUAUUUUUCCUGCGCUGAAUAUGAUAUGACGGAUAGAAAUCAGGUGGAAGCUGACCCGAGCAUUCCGUUCGGUUACGAACCGGACGCGGCUGGUGAUUAUCCCGCCGAAGGCAGCAACGGUUUGGUGUUUGAGUUCAGAAGAAGCAUCAAAAGUGACAACACGGAAAUCGAAGCAAGACGACGGAGCGCCUUGGAUAAAAAUUUCAUGCGUUUUGGCCGCACAGAUCCAAACUUGCAGCGAACUGCACGUACCAGCAAGCAGGUAAACCGGAUGCGCUUUGGCCGUGCGGAUCGUGGCUUUCUCCGUUUCGGCCGACUGCCAAGUGAUGUGCCGUACUCGCUUGUGCAUUACGAAGAUUUGAACCGACAGCUGAACAAAGACAGUCCCGAGGAUGUCAGCCAGGAAGACGUACCCUCAAAGCGGACACCAAAUUCGUCCGAGGAAGCUGGACCUAGUGAAUCCAGUGAACUAGUGAAACCUAAGCAGCUUGUAUAUUAUCGGCGUGAUUCGCCGAAAAAUCUCAUGAGGUUUGGAAAACGGGAUCAGGGUGGAAAAUUCGCACGAUUCGACCGAGCGAAUUUGAUGCGCUUUGGCCGUGCCGGAACCGGUGGUGCGCCACGUGGAAAUCUUCUUCGAUUUGGUCGUGCAAACGGAAAUCUAAUGAGAUUCGGGCGUGCAAAGGGCAAUCUCAUGCGUUUUGGCCGUUCCGAUCCGCACUUUCUGCGUCUCGUGAAGAUGGACAACAAUUUUAUGCGAUUCGGUCGAUCUGGAAAUACGAUGGCCAAUGUGAAUAGUAACGAAACCGUCACGGAAAAUGAUAAUGAGCAAGUGUCGGAAUACAGCCGGACAACUUCGGACAAAUCGCCUUCCAACUCAGACGAAGACUAUGAAAUCCACGUACGUGAAGAAGACAUCCUUGCACCGAUGUACGUUGUUACCAACUAGCUGUUUUUCGACUCAUUUACCACUGUUUGAUUGUUCCACCCAUUUAGCAGCGCAGAUUGACUGAGUUCGGCUCGCAAAAUCAGAUUGGUAAUAUAUUAAAACUCGUUCAAUAUCACACUACCUUUGAAGAUGGCGAACGGUACGAAAUAAGGCUGGGAUUAGCAGUCUGAUUUUGGUGCAGCCCAGUUGAAUCCAGGUCUGAGAGGAUCUCAUUUUAAACGAUGACGAUAUUGCCGACAAACAAAAAACCAGAUGAAGUGAUUCUUACUAUUUAUCUAUAUUUUUAAAUUUACAAAGUGAUUAUAGUCGUUAUUAUCAUUAUCAUCUAGGUCACAGUAAUUUACCUAUAAAUCAAGAUAAAUAAUAUAUGCAAGAGAAAGCAA